UCUUUUCCCCUCUCCUUGUUCCGAUGCGUCAACUUCCUCCUUCCAUCCAUUUCUUAUUCUUUGAUUUCUCGAAAUUUUUUCACAGAUUUUGCAAAACUCAUUUUCUUGAAAUCCCUUUCCCAUUAUCCAUAUCCACAACCAACCAAAAGCUUCCCGUUGACAUGUCAUAUAUACGCGCAUCGGAAAUAUAUUUCUGGGAUUAAUCCAAUAUUUGUGUGGAACCAAUGGAAGGAAUGCGUCUUGGCUUCUAAUAUUUACAUUGCAUGAGAAGUACUGGUAUUUGAUUUUUUUUUUCAGGGAGAAGCUUGAAUAGAGUUCAACAAUGGUGGGUGGCAUAGUUGGCAGCAACAUGGCUACUGAUGCGAGACUACUAAGUUCCAAUUUUGGCAACAUUUUCGGCAUCAACUCCCGAAUCCCGAGGUGGGUUUCAGGCGAUCGAUCCCAAUUCACAAUCCCUAGGGCUCAAUCUUCUCCUCCUCCGUCGUCUUCCUCGUCCUCCAAUAAGGACCGUCGCGGAAAGAGGAACAGGACCAGACCCGGAACCGCCACAAAAUCAGGGGAAGAAGACACGACGGUGGAGGAGAAACAGGACGCGGCGGCUCCGUCGCCGGCUCCCCCGCAACUGAACCUGGAUGAUGUGAAUCCGGUGGGUCUGGGACGGCGAUCUCGUCAGAUUUUUGACGAAGUAUGGCGAAAAUUCUCCGGGUUGGGUCAGAUUUCGAGAACGACAAGACCCGAUGAUCAGGAGGUGUUCGACAGUUUGCUCAUAAGGGAAGGACCCAUGUGCGAAUUCGCCGUCCCCGGAGCUCAAAACGUCACCGUUUUAGUCGUCGGAGCCACCAGUCGCAUCGGCCGUAUCGUCGUCCGUAAACUCAUGCUCCGUGGCUACACUGUCAAGGCUCUGGUAAGAAAAGCAGAUGAGGAAGUGAUGAGUAUGUUGCCGAGGUCAGUGGAGGUUGUGGUCGGGGACGUGGGUGAACCAUCCACGCUUAAAUCCGCCAUUGAAGGAUGUAAUAAGAUCAUCUACUGUGCCACUGCUCGGUCCACUGUCACUGCUGACCUUGUCCGUGUUGAUCAUCAAGGCGUUUACAACCUUACGAAAGCAUUUCAGGAUUACAAUAAUAGAAUGGCGCAACUACGGGCGGGUAAAAGCAGUAAGAGCAAGCUUCUGCUCGCAAAGUUCAAAUCAGCCGAGUCGCUUGACGGGUGGGAAGUCCGGCAAGGAACUUAUUUCCAAGAUACCGUUGCUUCCAAAUAUGAUGGUGGAAUGGAUGCUAAGUUUGAGUUUACAGAAUCAGGGCAGGCCCUUUUCUCAGGUUAUGUCUUCACUAGAGGAGGAUACAUUGAAUUGUCGAAAAAGCUCUCUUUUCCCCUCGGAAGCACUCUCGACAGGUAUGAAGGUUUAGUCCUCUCUGUUGGUGGGAAUGGAAGAUCUUAUGUCUUAAUCCUUGAAGCCGGCCCCUCAGCAGAUAUGUCUCAGAGCAAACUGUAUUUCGCAAGGAUCAGCACGAAAGCAGGAUUUUGUCGGGUAAGAGUACCCUUUUCGGCUUUUCGGCCCGUUAAACCUGAUGAUCCACCAUUAGAUCCAUUUCUUGUUCACACGUUGACAAUACGCUUUGAGCCUCGAAGACAGAGGCCCAUUGAAGGACCUGCGGGUGCUAAACAAGAUCUUAGAAGCUUUUCCCUCUUUUUAGAGUACGUAAAAGCUUUACCGACGGGUCAGGAAACCGAUUUUGUUUUGGUAUCGUGCACUGGAUCCGGAGUAGAACCGAACAGAAGGGAGCAAGUUCUAAAAGCCAAGAGGGCCGGGGAAGAUUCUCUGAGAAGAUCGGGACUCGGCUACACGAUCAUUCGACCAGGUCCCUUGAAGGAGGAGCCAGGAGGACAGCGAGCUCUAAUCUUCGAUCAAGGAAACCGGAUUUCUCAGGGCAUUAGCUGUGCAGAUGUGGCUGAUAUAUGCGUGAAAGCAUUGCAUGACUCGACAGCGAGAAACAAGAGCUUCGACGUUUGCCACGAGUACGUUGCUGAGCAAGGAAGAGAGCUCUACGAACUGGUUGCUCAUUUGCCGGACAAGGCGAACAACUAUCUCACUCCCGCGCUGUCCGUCCUCGAGAAAAAUACAUGACCACUAUACACACUUCGUGUGUUUCUUCAUCCAUGUUCGUAUCUUUCCUAUA